AUGCAGCUCGGACUGGAUUGCUUCUCCGUGACAGUACUGUUGUACUGUCACACUGUGCUCAAUCUGUGUCUGACUCCAACACAUGCUGAACAGUCGGAAGAAUGUAUGAGUGCGGAUCAGAAGCCAGGAACGUAUAGGGGAAAAGUGAAUGUCGCUUACGAUGGAACACCGUGUGAAGAGUGGAGUAAACAUCAUCAAUUCUAUCGACGAAAAUGGACCACGGAAGAGGCGAUACAGCAAAAGAAUUAUUGCCGCAAUCCGGACGGGGAUAUAAACGGACCGUGGUGUGUUGUCCCUAACAAUUCGUUCCGGUAUUGUAACAUUCCCACAUGUGCUCAAGAUGUGCAGUGCUAUGAGGGCAAAGGAGAAGAUUACAUCGGUGAUCAACAACGAACAAUCAGUGGAAUGCCAUGUCAAUUGUGGACACAUGUGAACGCGAUCAAAUUGCACAAAAGCUCGUAUCGAUUUCGGCUGUACGAGAACGAGACGAACAAUAUGACGUUGCACUUUCUCGAUCAUCGUUUGGAAAAAUUUCGUUCCUGUCGGAAUCCGGGUGGCACACGUUCCCGACCGUGGUGCUACUCAACUCGAUUGACCGAAAGUCAGAACGUUAUUUUCGUCGAAAAAGACUGUUUCCGGAUGCGUCAGCAACCGGUGGCCGCCCCAAGCGUUUUGGGUUAUCCGCUCUCGUGGAAUGACACGGUUUGUCCGCCCGGAUUUCAUCGACAAACACAGAUCUCCAUGGAAAGUGCAGACACGCGAGUAGAGAUUGAUUACUGCGUUGCUCCCGAACGACUGCUUCACCGGAUUCAACGUCAAACAAUGUAUGCACCGUUUGUAGAAUUCUGUCUCUACCUGAUCUCAUCGGCCAACACUUGUCCAGCCGGAUUUCGCAGUAUGGACAAGUUUCAACUAGUCCUGGACCCGAUCAAACAUCUCUCCGGUCCAGCCGCGUGGAGAGCCAAAGCUGAAAGUUUAAUCCAAUCAAUUCUGUGCUGUUCCGAUCCAGACUAUUUCCGUCCAACAGCUCCGUCGAAACCGUACAUCACCAUAGAGAAGGUGUCUCGUUACAAGCGUUUCGAAGAUGGCAUGCUCGGGUUGUUUCCACUGGGGCGACGGAACAGUUCACGUCGGCGUAUCUCGUUACCCAUGCUGGUCAGUAUGGGCAUUGAGGAAGACCAGGAAGAAACGGUCAAUGAUCAGCCAGAUCUGUUGCAAGAACCGAUUGCAACCAAAACGGAGCCUUUGUUCGCCUCAGUGCGUCAGUGUCCCCCAGUAGAGAACACAUCCCGCGUACUCAUGCUUGCCAUGACCCCUCGUGUACGACCCGGUCAAGGGCUGAGCGUGUUACAAGCCUUACCACCUGAGGUGAUCUGUGAAUAUUACGCUUUGCAAGCCCAAAAGGAGACGGUGAAAUCGACACUUUCUGGUGAGCGGAGCGUGGUCCUUAUUGUAGAUGAACCACUAUGUCCGCCCGGUUUCAACUGGCUCCCGAUGCCGUUCCCAUUCAAGCUUAUUCUGGGUGCAUCCAAAGGUCUUUGCCGUCCCACAGACAGUGUGGUUAUGCGACAACCACCCUCCUCAGCCACAAUUGGGUACUGUAUGCUAUCGAUGCCGGACAAUUCGGAAGAACUACGAGAACCUGAUGUUACGAACGCGGACCGGGGCAGACGCACCGAUUUCCCCUGUCCAGAUGGUUUUCGACAGAAUGAAAUUUAUUUCCACGAGCGGGAAUUUCGUAUCCGGCUGUGUUGCGUGGGAAAAAUCAAUCGAUACAAUGAAUCCGACACACCAAUACCACUACAGGCCCCAUUCGCUGCAAAGAUCCCUUUCGCAGUGCUUCAAAAUGGUGAUCGAUGUCCCCAGUUCUAUCUGGGCUCGGUCAAAUUGCUUUCUGUUGAGUAUAGUCGAACCAUACCACACACGUAUUUGAAUCGGCUGGAAAUGUUCGGACCGGACCACGUUGUCAAACUUGUGGGCAUCCCCAAUCUCGUUCUCUGUCAGUAUUUCAGCGUGGACCUAAAGCUGGGAGUCAAAUCACUGACCUUUGAAUGCGAUGGUCUGGGAUCGCGCAUUUCAAUGGGUCCUUACGGCGCAAACUGCGGGUUCAAGGUGAACGACAGCAUCACAUUCCCACCUGGACGAUACUGCCUGUUACAGUUCUCCUCAACUUGUCCCCCAGGUUUCACACACCGAAGUGGCAGUAUGGCCGUUGGUCUACGGCUUCGCUCGGUAGGCAACACAUGUUGUCGGGAGGAUGAGACUAUCGGCGCUAUUCAAUUUCCUAUUCCACUGGCGGCACCGUUUAAACUUCCAGCCGUCCGAGCUCCUUGUCAAACAAUUGAGGGGUUCAAUGUGGAUGCAGAAUUAGGUCAUUGUUUGUACUAUCCCCGUGGAGAUACACCUCAAGCACUGAUGGUCUGGCCCAGAAUUUUAGGGACAGCUGAAACGCCUGAAGAGACCACUGCCCCGGCACAUUGCGCGCUCUCUCCCAGACGAAUGCAGGACCACUGGCUUGUAUCACGACGAACUCGAUGGAAUGGAAACUUGACAGACAAUGUGGAUGUCUGUUUCAACGAAGUCCCCUGGUCUCUGAUGCCUCCGUCGAGUAAAUCGGGCAAACCGUACUGUACAUUUGUUUUCGGUUCAUGUCCGAAGCCAUACUUUGAAACCGUCGGAAGCUCGAUUUAUUUUAAUACCGUCCUCUGUUGCACCAUGGGCAGUGGGAACGCGGACACGGUUGAGUACUCGAAGCGUCUACGAUCCAUGGUUACACUGGGCCAUCCCACCCCACAUGACAUGGAAAUGUUACGUGGUGUACUGGGCACUCGGGUGCUCGAGACCAACCCGGACUCAUCCGGUCAGUCCACUUGUCCGGAGUUCGACGGUGUGCUUCUACGACGUCGUGUGACCGAGAGUGUGAUUGCACCCUCGACCAGUCCCACUGUGCCCGUCCGAUUGGCUCUAUUGUUCAAUGCCACCCACGUAUCGGACAGUUUGUUCACCGCACAAACAGGCAUUUGGAUGCAAGACGGACUGGUGCAUGUGAUCUAUUGUGAAUAUAAUUCGAAGAAAUUGGACGACUAUGAGAGUGGGAAAAAGAUUUGGCCUUUUGUCGAUUUCGCGAUUCCCAAAGCUCUGAAUGAUUGUCCGUCCGGUUCAACUAAGGCAAUCAUUCGACAUCACCAAGAUCAAUACGGAUUUCACUAUUCUCAGCCAAUCCACUUGGAUGGACUGUUUCUCCGUGGUGAGAAAGCCACCUGGCUGGAAUACUGUGUUUUCAAAACGGACGCCUCCAGUACAUCCACUUUCAAUUACGGUAUCCGAGAUGAACUACCAGCUGGCCAUUACUGUGUUCUCCGUGUACGAGGAAGUUGCCCGUCAGGAUUUACCAAAGGUGUGUUGAAUAUCAUGGAAGGUCCGCAAAAGGUGGACGAGGCUCCGACCGAUGCACAAUCAGCCGCACGCUAUGCGGACGCAAUGGAUCAACUGAUUGUGCCGGAUAUUCAGCGAGUUCGUGUCCAGAUGAAGGACACGACAAUGAAAAUGGAUCGAUUAGACUACUAUUUCUGUUGUCGUGCCGAUUCACCAAGUGCCGACAUACCGAUACAAGGAUUCCCCUCAGAAAGCGGACCGUUUUUCCUCUAUCGCUUUGGUGACAAGUGCCAACGAAUCGAGGGUAUGCGUGUCACGGACGAAUACAUCUGUUGGGAUGCACCUAACCAAGGUCAACCUGGCUGGUGGUCAACGGACACCAAUCAGACUUGGGCACCGUAUCAUUCGAAAGGGGCCACUCCAGCUCGUAUGCCAUAUCAUGGGCAAUGUGAUGUGGAGAUCCAUUUGUGUUACUACGAACAAGAACUACCCGAAGAAGAGGAAGUUAUCACAAUUCAAAACAUGGGCGACUGGCCGAUCGGUAGCUACGCCUUACCCAAUGUGCAUCGAGACGAUGAGUCCAUGGCAUGUCCGCCUGGGUUUGUUCAAAAGUACACAUCGCUCAUCAAUCGUCAAGCUGCAUUCUUCGAUUUGCAGCUAUUACCGUCCAGUUUGGGCUCGUAUUUUCUCGAUUUGAUCGGACACAAUUUCAGCGCGUUGAACGUGCACUACUGUGAACGCGUGCGGCCAGAUCAAGUGAUCACCGAGGAGGAUGGGGAUCCGAACAAGAUGACCUCAGUCGCACCUAUGACCGAUGAGGAACAGGCGCGCCAG